AUGAGGGGCAAGGGCAAGAAGAUAGUGGAUCAACAUGUCACUAGUCCAACACAAGAGGAGGUUAUUGAAGACCUUAACAAGAAAGAAGUGGUACCACCAGUGAGCAUUGACCAUCAUGUUAGAAUUUCAUAUUCACAAAGGCUUCGCAAGCAUAAUCUGGAUAAGCAGUUUGAAAAGUUCUUAGAGGUGUUCAAGAAGCUACAUAUUAAUUUACCAUUCGCAGAAGCAUUAGAACAGAUGCCUAGCUAUGUGAAAUUUAUGAAAGAAAUUUUGUCAAGAAAGAGGAAAUUAGAGGAUUAUGUUACAGUUGCAUUAACUGAAGAGUGCAGCGCAAUACUGUAUAAGAAACUACCUCCAAAGCUUAAAGAUCCUGGUAGUUUCAAUAUUCCGUGUUCUAUAGGGGGUUUAGUAGACACAAAGGCGUUAUGUGAUUUAGGGGCCAGUGUGAAUUUGAUGCAUCUAUCAAUCUUUCAGAAGCUGAAUUUGGGAGAAGUUCGGCCAACUACAGUGUUUUUACAGAUGGCAGAUAGGCUAGUUAAUCAUCCUCUUUGA